AUGAAUUUGGCAGAUAUUCAGGUGGCUGCUGAGUACAUCGCCUAUGCUGUCAACUACAUCAGCGGCUUGAACAGACAGCGCGGUGGGAGGUACACCAAGGUCAACACCUUCAUCCGCACCCUGCGCAACAACGGCGGCGACUCCGCCUACGUCCCCUCCACAAACGUCUACAGCAUCUUCGUCGAAAUCGUCCAACCCCAACAAGACCCCAACGCCUCCGGCGCGCUAAACGGCGCUCGCGACGUGGGAGUUUCGAAUACCGAGUUGGAGAGUGUAUGUACUGCGCUCUUGCCCGGGGGGACGGUUUAUGAUACGCAUGAGGGCGUGCUGUAUAAUGCGUUGGCGUAUGCGUUGGCUGUGGAUGCGAUUCAGAACCCGGGCCCGGGGCAGUUGAGUAGGGUGGAUGCCAAGUUGGCGUGCUCGCAGUUUGCGGCGCCCGGGUUGAGUUUGCCGGAUGUUUUGGCGACGGAGGCGAAGAUUCCCAUUGCGGCGGCGGCGAUUAUUGCGUUUUUGCCCAAGAGUGCGACGGAGCCGCCGAUUAAGGCGUAUGCGCAGAAGGAUGUGCCGGCUUAA